AACUCCUUACCCCUCUUAACUUCUUAAGAAGAUUGCUAAUAUAUGAUGUAUUUGGCAGGAGCUGCAGCCCCUCAUGGCUAACACAGUUCUACAGACAGCAGUGCAGAAGUCAUCACAUCUGCAGCAGAAUGAGCAACAACACUCACAAUCUGAAUCAUCAAACUAUCAGAAGAUUAGAAUCAAACUCUCACGCUUUGUUUCUUAUUUCUCUGGAGACAUGGCUCCCUAUGGCGAGUGGAUGAAAGGACAGUGCAUCUUGCUUCAGAUUUUUGAUUGGGUGCUGAGAGGUACGGCACAGGUCAUGUUCAUCAACAACCCCCUGAGUGGGCUGAUCAUCUAUGUUGGACUCAUCCUCCAGAAUAGAUGGUGGUCUCUUAAUGGCUUUUUAGGCACCUUGUUUGCCACAAUCUCGGCCCUCAUUCUCCAACAAAACAGAGGGGCAAUUGCAGCAGGCCUGUAUGGGUACAAUGGAAUCUUGGUUGGUCUUCUAAUGGCAGUCUUCUCCAGUGCAGGGGACUGGUACUGGUGGCUACUGCUGCCCAACAUCUUUAUGUCAAUGGCAUGCCCAAUCAUCUCUAGUGCUCUGGCUUCUAUCAGCAGUCGGUGGGAUCUGCCAGUUUUAAACCUGCCUUUUAACAUUCUGGUCUCUCUUCAUAUGGUAGCUACCGGCCACUACAACCUCUAUUUCCCCCAGGUCCUCAUCCAGCCAAGCAACUCCUUCCCCAAUAUCACAUGGUCUGAACUGGAUUAUGCUUUGCUCUUUCGCUCCAUUCCUGUGGGCAUUGGGCAGGUCUAUGGUUGUGACAAUCCUUGGACAGGCGGCAUAUUCAUUGUAGCCCUGUUUAUCUCUUCACCAAUAAUGUGCGCACAUGCCAUUAUUGGUUCAGCUAUUGGGAUGGUAUCAGGUCUUGCUCUUGCUGCACCAUUCCAGAGUAUUUACCUUGGACUGUGGGGAUACAACUGUGCAUUGGCCUGUAUUGCAAUUGGUGGAAUAUACUAUGCCCUCACAUGGCAGGUCCAUCUACUGUCUAUAGUCUGUGCAUUUUUCUGUGCAUAUCUUGGUGCUGCAGUUGGAAAUGUGAUGGCUACUUUCGGACUUCCAGCAUGCACUUGGCCCUUCUGUUUGUCUGUACUCACAUUCCUCUUAAUCACCACGGAAACCAAAACCAUCUACAAGUUGCCUCUUUGCAUAGUUACUUACCCUGAGAAAAACCUCAUGUUCUACUGUAAGAUAAAGAGGGAGAUGAAGGCAGAAGAGGAGAUGCUGCAGGAGAAAGAAAACGAGGUGCAAAUCACAAAAAACACUGAUGUAAAAAUUAUGAUGGAGGCCAAAGGAAAAGAGGAGCAGGACGUCUGCACGGAAAUAUGUCGAGGGCAGCAUUCAGAGAACCUGUACAUUACUAAAAACACUAUGACAAGGGCAAUUGCAGCAGGCCUGUAUGGGUACAAUGGAAUUCUGGUUGGUCUUCUAAUGGCAGUCUUCUCCAAUGCAGGCGACUGGUACUGGUGGCUACUGCUGCCCAACAUCUUUAUGUCAAUGGCAUGCCCAAUAGUGUCUAGUGCCCUGGCCUCUAUCAACAGUCAGUGGGAUCUGCCAGUCUUUACCCUGCCAUUUAACAUUCUGGUGUGUCUUCAUAUGGUAGCUACAGGCCACUACAACCUCCACUUUCCACAGGUCCUUAUCCAGCCUAGAACCUCCUUCCCCAACAUCACUUGGUCUGAGCUGGAUUGUGCUUUGCUCUUCCGCUCCAUUCCGGUGGGCAUUGGACAAGUCUAUGGUUGUGACAAUCCUUGGACAGGAGGCAUAUUUAUUGUGGCCCUGUUUAUUUCUUCACCAAUAACUUGCGUGCACGCUGUUAUUGGUUCGGCUAUUGGGAUGGUGUCAGGUCUUGCUCUUGCUGCACCAUUUCAGAGCAUUUACUUUGGACUGUGGGGAUACAACUGUGUCUUAGCUUGUAUUGCAGUUGGUGGAAUGUUCUAUGCCCUCACCUGGCAGGUCCAUCUACUGUCUAUUGCCUGCGGGUUUUUUUGUGCAUAUCUUGGCUCUGCAAUUGGCAAUGUGAUGGCUACUUUUGGACUUCCAGCAUGCACUUGGCCCUUCUGCCUGUCAGCCCUCACAUUCCUUUUGAUCACCACAGACACAAAGACUAUAUACAAGCUGCCUCUUGCCACAGUUACCUACCCUGAGAAAAACUUAAUGUUUUACAGUAAAAUGAAGAAGGAGAAGAGGGCUACAGAAAAUCAGAUGAAAGCCCAUGAGAAGUUGCUACUGCAGGAGAAAGAGGCACAAAUUCAAAAAGAAAUGGAUGUAAAAAUUACAGUGGAGAGCCAAGAAAAUAAGCCUCAGGAUGACUGCACUGAGAUAAGCAGAGAGCAUCAUCUAGAAAACGUGCCCAUUGCUGAAAACACAAAGACAACAAUAUAGCUGAAAUAUGAAUAAGCCAAUUCUACAGCAUCUUUCACUCUUUGUGCACAGUAGAAUGGGUUGGGUUGCCUCUCAAAUAUGGAGUAAUAAGAAAGUAUUUAUAUUGUUAAAUUACUUGCAAAAAGGGGCAUGUAUGUGUAAAAUGCCAAUAUAUAUUUUUAACUUAUAAUAAAUUAUGUUUAUGAGCUACUGAGCUACUUGGGAACAUUUUUGGCCUCUGAAUUGAGAUGCAUCGGCUAAAGAUUGUAUUUGACCUGGCUAUGAACAAUGUCUUUUAUAACCAAAAUAUAACCAAAUAAUGGAUUAGUCCAUACUAAGUACCCCUAUAGUCUCAUUCCAUUUUCUAACAAUCUCACUGUGGUAAACAUGUAGGGCUGCAUGACUAAAUAUUGAUAUUAGGUAAUUCUUCUUUUUUUCCCUAUAUUUUGUUGGCUUUGUAAAUGUAGGAACAAUGUAAAUGUGUUUUCAGACUUUUAUCUCUAUUUUGAUAGUUAAAAGAAAACGUGUUAUAAAUAAUUAUUCUUUAUGUAUUAUAUGUAAACUUGGCUAUUGUAUGGAAUAUGCAUUAUUCUGCUUCUGGUUACAAUUUGCAAAGCCUCAUGUGUGCAUUUUGAGUUGUAAAUAAAAACCCUACAUAACCUACACAGUGCCUCAACUAUUCAAACAGUUUUAUAAAUGAUUUAAUAACAGAACACUUUUGCAGAUCCUGGGGGUAUAAUUCAGUCCUAGCUAUCACAUCACAUGGUUCUUGUCAAAUUCUUACACUUGCCCAUUUUUCCUAAAAAUAAAUGUGUCAAAAGAUGUCAUCGUAUUUGUUUUGUAUAGGUUUCCAUCCUUUUUUGUUGUUUUCAAUGUUUCUAAUCUAAAGUUUUUCAGUUAUAGCCUCCACAUUUGGUAGUUUGGUAAUGAAAUAAGUCACAUGCUCAUUAAACUCUGUAAUAAUGUCUUUGUU